CACAAAACAUGGGGACCCAUUUACUGUUGUUUUUAUUAGGUCUCAGAAUUACGAUAGUUUUUUCUGCUGAAGUAACGGACUCCGUUUUAUGUAAUGCGACAAGUUCUGAACGUGUAGAAUAUGAAUUUAGUACUGAUGUCGUCGGAAGUGAACAUAUAAUUACAUUUAGAGGAUAUUUUCUUCGAAGAGCAAGAGAAAAUUAUGUGACUGCUGCGCUGAACAAUGCCGGUAUAUCAAACUGGACUAUUGUUCAACGAGAAAAUCCAGCUAAAGAUUAUCCGAGCGACUUUGAUGUGAUUGUAAUGAAUGAUGGUGAUCGAGCAGCACUUGAUGAUACAAAUUGUGGCCCCAAUGGCUGCUUAUACUCAGGAUGGCGGAAUCAUCGUCGUAGAGCAUUACAUUCUAUUAGAAAACCGAGAGAGAAUGAAGGAUAUUCAUCGAGGAAGCUACUAAGAACAGUUCCGAGACAAAUUACAUCAGUGUUUAAAGCAGAUCUACUGUGGUCAUUGGGUGUUACAGGUGAAGGUAUAAGAGUAGCAGUAUUCGAUACUGGCCUAGCUCGUCAUCACCCUCACUUUGGUCGUGUAAGGGAGCGUACUGAUUGGACCGGAGAGAAUACAUUGGAUGACGCACUGGGCCACGGAACUUUUGUGGCAGGAGUGAUAGCUUCGCGAGCCGACUGUCUCGGCUUCGCUCCUGACGCUGAUCUUCAUAUAUUCAGAGUGUUUACUGAUAAUCAGGUUUCAUACACUUCAUGGUUUUUAGACGCUUUCAAUUAUGCUAUUAUGAGAAAAAUUGACGUACUUAAUUUAAGUAUUGGAGGACCAGAUUUUAUGGACCAUCCCUUCGUUGAUAAAGUUUGGGAGCUAAGCGCUAACAAGGUUAUUAUGGUGUCAGCUAUAGGAAAUGAUGGUCCAUUAUAUGGUACUCUCAAUAACCCAGCGGACCAGAUGGAUGUCAUCGGUGUGGGUGGCAUUGGGUUCGAUGAUCGUAUCGCUAAAUUCUCCUCUAGGGGUAUGACAACCUGGGAACUGCCUAAUGGAUAUGGUAGAAUGAAACCAGACAUUGUGACAUAUGGCAGUGGUGUCCGCGGCUCCAGUGUCACUGGCGGCUGUAAAUCUCUCAGUGGUACGUCAGUCGCAUCGCCAGUUGUGGCAGGAGCGAUUGCGUUGCUGGCGAGCGGUGUGCCACGUCAGCAUGUCACACCGGCAGCUGUCAAACAGGCACUUUGUGUCACAGCGCGACGUCUGCCCGGGUAUAACAUGUUUGAACAGGGACACGGGAAACUUGAUCUUAUCAGUGCCUAUCAGUUCUUACGCGAGUACACGCCACAGGCGAGCCUAAGUCCCCCUUACAUGGAUCUGACAGAAUGCACAUAGAUGUGGCCGUACUGUACACAACCUCUGUACUACAGCGCACAGCCUACCAUUGCUAAUGUCACCGUUGUUAAUGGUCUGGGUGUCGCCGGUGAUGUGAAAGAGGUGACAUGGCAUCCCCACUUGCCGCAUGGGGGGUUGCUAUCUGUGUCAGCAGAUUACAGCCCCAUAUUAUGGCCCUGGUCCGGCUGGCUUGCUCUCAGCUUCACUGUGUUACAAGACGGCGCUGACUUCGAUGGGGUUGUAGAAGUAAGUGCUCCAGAAGUAGAGGGUACGGAGCCCGCCCCUAGAGCCUGGAGGGGCGCAGGAGCCGCACCUUCGCGGUCACAUCCCGAGGUAGUUUACGAGCCCCCAAGUCUGGCUAACAGAGGUCUAACCCUCAUCGCCAUUGUGGCUAUCAUUUACUGCGUGACAACAUUCUGGAAGCGUUGGGGACGUAAACUGAGACGACGGAGACUUAUUUCUCUAGCCACCUAGCACAGAUCAAAACAGUGCCCAAAUAGAUCGAACGGUAGGUGAUCUUUACUGUCAAAAGAAUUAUAGGUUCUAAUAUCUGUAGGCAAAAAAAUGAACUAUUGAUAGUGAUGCAGUGUUUAAAAAGUGUUU